GGGAAUAACAUCAGAAAUGACAGACUCAACCUUCUCGUUGCCUCCUAUUUAUAUGGAGAUUUCAAGGUUCAAGUCUGGCAUGCACUCCUCAGAGGCGAAAUAGAGGAGCCAGCAUUCCAUAAGCACCUUCUGAACUGGCUGUCCUCUCCGAGGAUGAUCAACAAAUGAGAUGUCGUCUUCGCGGUGGAUGAUACUCUUCUCAUUGUCAUCAUGGGGUUUGACGCCGUUGAAAUGGGUAGAAGGCGGACGCCUUGUCUCGUCAGAGGGUCGCCGCUCCCCCCGUGUCUCUAAACUAUAGAACCACUAGAGUGCUCCAACCACGAGUACCUCGAGCACCUCUUCGCCCAUGGUGUGUGUAGUGAUUCGUUCACUCGCAAAAGAAAUAUUGUCGAAAAGGCAAAAACCAAUGGAGGAGAAGUAGGCGCAACCACCACCAGAGAGGCGCCCAAACACCAAAAGACGACAAGAAGUCGCACUUUUUCAGAGUCUCCUCAUUGUCAAAUUGAGAAAGAGGAUAUAUGACAUGGAGAUAGCGCAAGAAAGCCAUCAGUCGACUCCAGACCCUCAAAGUGGACGGCGGACACAUUCAUCCACGACGACAGGAACAUUGCCGUCAUCAUCAUUAUUAUCAGCAUAUCCACACAUAACCACACAUCAUGUCCAACGCGAUUUGGGCUCUUGUGACUUUGGCAAGUUGGCUGGUAGUGGUUGAGGUGAAAGCCAUACCUUUCAAUGAGGAACUGCUGAGACAUGAGCUCCAAUCUCAAAGCUCCAGAUUCACCGUGGAAGGUGAGAGAGAAACCAAGCUGCCGCUCCAAAGAGCCAUCACUUUAGCGGAGCACGUGGUUCCCCUCGAGUUCCAAGAGCAUUUCAAGAAGAAGCCCAAACGGAAGAACCUCAAGCCCGCCAGACUCCUGAGGAAAAUGGGACCCGACUUUGAUCCUGCUUGGAUGAGUAUGGAGAUCCCAUCACAGUUACUCUCGGUGGAAAUGAGUGAAACCCAAAUGGCCCAAUUGGUGAAGCAAGUGACUAGUCUGAACCUGGAAGAGGAGCUCAACGACAUCUCAAACCUCGAAGAGUUCCAACACGACGAGGCGGAAGACCUGGAUCCCAAGCUGAAGAGCUCCAUGAUCUCAGCCUUUGAACAAUGGCUCGUGAAGAAAAGCUCUUGUCCCAUCACCUACAGAUGGGAAGACCUGGGCGAGUAUUUCUGGCCCCGAUGGAUCAAGAAAGGCCAAUGUAGUGGCUCUACUAACGACCAAGAGGUAGACUCUUCAUCCGAAGGUACUCCCUUGGGAUGUUCCUGGCCUUAUGGCAUGAAAUGCGUGCCUGGGGAUGUGAAGACUGUUCAUAUCCUCCGAUGGCACUGUCGACGAAGAAGCGGAUCCAAAAACAAGGGCAAGGGCUCCAACAACUUGCGCCAAAAAUGUAAAUGGUACAAGAUCCCUUAUCCAGUCACAUCCAGCUGUCGAUGUGCUUGUCAAUGAUGGAGAAGGAGCAAGAACCAACCCUGAUCACGAACCCAUACUAAUCCGAAAGAGAGCACUAAUUAUGACCUGCAAUCAAAUUCCUUCAGAAGAGAACCAAUCCGCUUCCAUAUUUGUAAACACUAACCACCAGAGAUAUUCUUAUACUAUAUAAAGGUUACUAUGAUAAAUACUAAGGAAAUCAA